AUGCUACUUCAUGUUUGGGGAAAUGGGUCACAAGUGGCUCUGUUUGAUCCGGAAUGUCUUGCAGCUGUCUAUUUCGUCUCAAGACUUCACUUAGAUCAGGUCACUAUUCUGCCAGACUCUAAUUAUCAAGGGUCAUUCAAUGGAAAGCUUCCAUUCCUGGUGACAGAUGAUGGAAAACAGAUUCCUGGUUACAAAAGCAUAGUACGCUAUUUACAGAGUGAAAGAUCUAAUCAGUUCGAUCAGUUGGACCAAUCGGACCGGUUGGAACUCGUUAACUCCGGGUUCAUCGAGUUCCUAUUGGAGAAAUUCACCGUCAUUACUGAGUACAAUCUAUUUCUAAAUAAAGACAACUAUGUGGAAUAUACAAGACCUCUUUUCAAGCAGUUAGCGCCUUUCCCUCUUCAAUAUAAACCUCCUAUGGAUUUACGAGCUGACGCUACUAGGAGAUGUGAAAACUAUGGUAUUACAGCAGACGAUUCAUUUAACGAGGAGAAUUCUGAAGAGAUGGAGAAACUUAAGGCUCAGGAAAGAGAAUUAAGAGAAACUCCAAUCCUUAACGAUAUUCAGAAGAACCACGUGACCAAGAAUCUCAAUUUGCUAGCCGCCAAGAAGAGUAUUUUGACCAAUAUGAAGUGUCUAACAAUGUUAGAUGAGAUAAUGGUUGAGUACACUCAGUUAGAGUCACAGUUACAUGCGAACACCACGUCUAUGAUUCUCUUUUUCUGUUUUCUCAAGAGUAAUACUCUUUCUGAGUUACCCAGUUCGUUUGUUCUUCAUUACUUGACCGAGAAUCAUCCUGAAUUGAUGGACAAGUCGGAACAAGUAUUCGAGAAAUUUGAUGAUCAUGUGGCAAAUGGCACGUUGAGCCUUGCUAGUGUUUUUAAGCACGUGACUUCUGUGUAUAUAUAA